GAGGAGGUGUGUCUCUGGCCGCUCAAGUACACGCCUCUCGGAUAAAUACUCAAACACAACUGGGGUGCUGAUCAGACACACCGAAAUUAAAGAGCCGCGUUUUGCCCACAGCCUGUCAAAACUUGGCGCACAGUUGCUUUCGGUUUGCGUGCGCGUCCUGUGCUGUCUUGGGGAGAGAGAAAAAAAAACUACAUUAAGACAGAGAGAAGUCAGUGGCACGUAAUUAGAUUCCCUAAUCAGCAGAAUUGACAGCAGGUGUGAAUUCAUGUCUGUAUUUUCCCCGCAGAUAUACUGCCCAGUGUUUGUGCCCAGCCGAGAUAUGACUGAGGUGAUGAUCAACAGCACCCCCAUGGAGGACAUGAGGCUCAGCCCUAGCAAGGACAGACUCUCCUUCCAGAUAUUCCCUGACCCUUCAGACUUCGACCGUUGCUGUAAGCUCAAAGAUCGUCUCCCAUCCAUCGUGGUUGAGCCGACGGAGGGAGAAGUUGAGAGCGGGGAGCUCCGCUGGCCUCCAGAGGAGUUCCUGGUCAGUGAAGAAGAAGAGGAGGAGGAAGAAGAGGAAGAGGAGCAGAAUAAUGGCAGCAUCCAGAACGGACAGCCGACACAGAAUUCCCAGCACUAGAAGUUGUGUUGCAGCACCGACACACUCUUGUUCUGUCCUUCUAUCUGAACGACUCUCCCUUUCACACACUGGUCACACUGCACCUUAGCACUUGAGCAGACUUAACUGGCAGGCAUUCGGUGAUUAGUGGUGUCAUCUCAUUUCCCUUGACACCAAAGCAUCACUCCCAAAAAAAAAGAAGCAAUACACACACACACACACAACACACUUUCUCGCAAAUACACAAUAAAUUAUCCUCCUGGACGGCAAACCCAUUAAAACAAACUUGACAAGAAGAGACACGCAGAAGUCUAACCCACACUCACUUUCCACCAUGCCUACCACCGUGUGUGUCUCGGCCCAGAACGGAUGUCCUGUUGGACAGUGGCAGCUCAGUGCUCCAUGGACAGCUUUUACACUGCAGGGGGCUACUACUGCUCUGUACUUAACUCCAAAAUGGCUGGCGUCAUGACCCCAGAGACUUCAUCCUUGCAUACAGAACUAUUGUGGUACCCAAGGGGAUUAUCGUCUACAAUACACUGUCCAAACCCAUGUUCAGUUUCUGGAUUGAUAUGUUAAUUAUUGUGAUCGCCACUGCUGUCCAUAGAUUUGUCUGUUUCUGAGAAGUGAAUGUUUUGUGAUUUGUCUGUUUUUUGAGAAGUGGGUGUUUUGUGUGAAAUGUUACUGGGAUUUUUUUUUUUCCUACCACAGGAUUUGUUAAAAUGGUAUUUUUGUGACCUUGCGUCAGGCAUUGACAGUUCAAAAAAAAAAAAAAAAAAAAAAAGGGCGUCAUUUAGAGAAGUGAGCAGAGAGUGACAGAAAAUAAACCAGCAUGCCCUGCUAUGCUAAGUACUUAUGAGAUAAAUGUGUAGUACAAAGGCUUGUUGUGCAGUGAGGUCACAGUCAUGCUAUAAUCCCCUCAUCACGUUGGCCUCCUGGAAGCCUUAUGAGAAGCAGUACUUGGAUGACGAAGCAAAAAUUUGCAACACUGAGGAGUAAAUGUGAUGCAAGGUUGUUGUUCAAAAGGGGGAAGCUGAGUGGAAAAUUGUAAUUUUUGAAAAAAAGAAACAUUUGUCAGGAUAAAGCAAUGUAUAGACCCAAUGAAGGAUGUGUAAAUACUUGUUCCCAGUAAGCCAAUCCCUGAGGCCUUGCAGUGCGUUGAUCUUGUUUGGUUUAAUUUAGAAAGACAAAAGACUGAGAAUUGCUCUGAGCUGUAAACACCUGAACUGAAAGUUGACUGUCCUUCCUAGUCUUCCUUUUCUUUAUGAAAACAGCCAUACUUUUGAAACCUGAGUUCAGGUCAUGGAGAAUUCACAAUGUAGGACAGAGUUCACGAAUGAGGCUAUAGGCAAUAUCUGACACAGUAUUAAACAAUCUAUUCACAAAAAAAAUAGAAGUUGUUAAUAGAAAAUCAAAUUUGUUUCUCUGAUAGACUGUAAAUGUUUCAAAGCUAAUGUCAUUUUAUUUUAUUUGCCUGUAUUGCAAUUUCAAAAGUAGGUGUUCUCUUUUCUCUCUUUAAAUCACCACUUAUUGUUUGUGAUACAAGUCUGUUGGUCAAUUUGUGGAGAUUUCUCUUCGUGUACACAAUCUGAGAUAAUGUUGUACAAGCAUGUCGGUUUCUACUCUUUUUGUAAUUUCUCAUUUGAGUGGCAUUAGGGCUGUGUACAUAACAUCUCUCUCUUUCUCCUGUCAGUCACCUACAGGUCCCACAUUGUUUUUGUAAAGCUCAGGGAGAUUAGCCGCCAUCUUUCUCUUGUUUUUUUUUUUUUGUUUUUUUUUUGUAUUUAGACCACUUUUUCUCUGUUACAGUUACAGAGGCUGUAAAUAAACAUUUGAAUUUGCUACCCAA